AGGAUUGGAACAUCAGCUAACGGCUGAUCGCUGGCAGCCGGCUCGCCUCCGCCCACCCACGUCCAUCCAAUCCCUGAGGCCCAGAGCGGAAGCAGGCCUGCGGGUGUGCCAUGAUUUCACCAUUCUUAGUACUGGCCAUUGGCACCUGCCUUACCAACUCCCUAGUGCCAGAGAAAGAGAAAGACCCCAACUACUGGCGAGAACAAGCUCAGCAGACCCUGAAAAAUGCCCUGGUGCUUCAGAACCUCAACACCAACGUGGCCAAGAACGUCAUCAUGUUCUUGGGAGAUGGGAUGGGCGUCUCCACGGUGACGGCCGCCCGCAUCCUCAAGGGUCAGCUCCACCACAGGACCGGGGAGGAGACGCGCCUGGAGAUGGACAAGUUUCCCUUCGUGGCGCUCUCCAAGACCUACAACACCAACGCCCAGGUCCCUGACAGUGCGGGCACUGCCACUGCCUACUUGUGUGGAGUGAAAGCCAACGAAGGCACCGUGGGGGUGAGCGCGGCCACGGAGCGCGGGCGGUGCAACACCACGCAGGGGAACGAGGUCACCUCCAUCCUGCGCUGGGCCAGGGAUGCCGGGAAGUCGGUGGGCAUCGUGACCACCACACGAGUGAACCACGCCACCCCCAGCGCUGCCUACGCGCACUCGGCCGACCGGGACUGGUACUCGGACAAUGAGAUGCCCCCAGAGGCCCUGAGACAGGGCUGCAAGGACAUCGCCUACCAGCUCAUGCACAACAUCAAGGACAUCACCGUGAUCAUGGGGGGUGGCCGGAAGUAUAUGUACCCUAAGAACAAAACCGACGUGGAAUAUCAGGUGGACGAGAAGGCCAGGGGCACGAGGCUGGAUGGCUUGGACCUCGUUGACAUUUGGAAGAGCCUCAAACCCAAAUACAAGCAUGCCCGUUACAUUUGGAACCGCACGGACCUCCUGACCCUUGACCCCUCCACUGUGGACUAUCUCUUGGGUCUCUUUGAGCCUGGGGACAUGCAGUACGAACUAAACAGGAACAACAUGACUGACCCCUCGCUCUCCGAGAUGGUUGAAGUGGCCAUCAGGGUCCUCAAGAAGAACCCCAAAGGCUUCUUCCUACUGGUGGAAGGAGGCAGGAUUGACCAUGGACACCACGAGGGCAAGGCCAAGCAGGCGCUGCAUGAGGCAGUAGAGAUGGACCGGGCAAUCGGGCGGGCAGGCGACCUGACGUCUCUGGAAGACACGCUGACCGUUGUCACUGCUGACCAUUCUCACGUCUUCACCUUUGGUGGAUACACCCCCAGGGGCAACUCUAUCUUUGGGCUGGCCCCCAUGGUGAGUGACACGGACAAGAAGCCCUUCACAGCCAUCCUGUAUGGAAACGGGCCUGGCUACAAGGUGGUGGGUGGCGAGCGAGAGAACGUCUCCAUGGUGGACUAUGCUCACAACAACUACCAGGCCCAGUCUGCUGUGCCCCUGCGCCACGAGACCCACGGUGGGGAGGACGUAGCUGUCUUCGCCAAGGGCCCCAUGGCACACCUGCUGCACGGCGUCCACGAGCAGAACUACAUCCCCCACGUGAUGGCAUAUGCCUCUUGCAUUGGGGCCAACCUGGACCACUGUACCUGGGCUAGCGCGGCGGGCAGCCCUGCUCCCGGGCCCUUGCUGCUCCUGCUGGCGCUGCUCCUUUUCAUCAGCCUGGUCUGAGGGCCCAGGGCCCGGGCAUCCAUGAGCCCAAGACACAUGACCAGCCUCCCUACCCAGUGCUGCCCAUCGCGGGCGGCCCACACCUCAAAGAUGGGAGGACUAGGCCCCCAUGGUCUCUGUAGCCACCAGAUAGGGAGGAUGGGGGGCCCAGGAACCAAAGUCUGCCGCCCGCCUUGCUCCCUUUGGACUCCAUUGUGGCCCAGACCCAUUCCUGGCUUCAGCCUUCGCUCCCUCCUCAACAGGGUAGGUUUCUUCGGGGGGCAGACAGAGCAUAGACUACAGAAAUUCUCAAAGCAUCUUAUUUUUCUACCAAAUAUACUUCUCCAGACAUGGAACAUUUCAGAUCUGAUCUUCCCAUUCCACUUUCCUCCUCCUGGAACCACCUGGCCCCCAUGCUUCUGCCCUGAACCCCGAGCCCCAGCCCUCUAUGCAGGGAAAACUAGGUCUCUCCUCAUGAGGGGAGUUGCUUGCUCGCAGCAAGGCCGCUGGGGGCCCAGGAAGCCAGCGGGAGUCUAGCUGUCCACCCGGAGUGGCCAGGCCAGGAAGCGCAGCCUGGCGGGCACAUACUGCCCAGCUCUGAACACACAUGCCAACUCCCGUCUGAAGAGACUCUCCUGUUUGGAAUGGCAAAAAAAAAAAAAAA